UCACAGGAUAUUAGGAUAAGAAAAAUAAAAAACAAUAAAUUCUCCAUUUGGGACCCCGUCACCUGUCCUCACGUCAUCAACUCAUUCUAUAAAUCCAACCACUCCAUGUUCCCGUCCUCAGAUCAAACGGGAGGGAAAGAAGAAAUGGAGGGGAAGGAAGAAGACGUCCGGUUGGGAGCCAACAAGUUCUCGGAGCGGCAGCCGCUGGGUACAGCGGCCCAGAGCCAAGACACCAACAAGGACUACCGUGAACCUCCGCCGGCGCCACUAUUCGAGCCGGCGGAGCUCUCGUCGUGGUCGUUCUACAGGGCUGGGAUCGCGGAGUUUAUAGCCACCUUCCUGUUCCUAUACAUAACAGUGCUAACGGUGAUGGGAGUGGUGAGGUCGCCGAGCAAGUGUUCGACGGUGGGGAUCCAGGGAAUUGCGUGGGCCUUCGGGGGCAUGAUAUUCGCUCUGGUGUACUGCACGGCGGGGAUCUCCGGCGGGCACAUAAACCCAGCGGUGACGUUCGGGCUGCUACUGGCGCGGAAGCUGUCGCUGACGAGGGCGGUGUUCUACAUGGUGAUGCAGUGCCUGGGGGCGAUCUGUGGGGCCGGAGUGGUGAAGGGGUUCCAGAAGAACCAGUACCAGAUGCUGGGCGGCGGAGCCAACAGCGUCAGCCCCGGCUACACCAAGGGCGAUGGCCUUGGCGCCGAGAUUGUCGGCACUUUUGUUCUCGUCUACACCGUUUUCUCGGCCACCGACGCCAAGCGCAACGCCAGAGAUUCCCACGUUCCGUUAUUGGCGCCGCUGCCGAUAGGGUUUGCGGUGUUUUUGGUGCACUUGGCGACCAUACCUAUAACAGGGACGGGGAUCAACCCAGCAAGGAGUCUUGGUGCGGCCAUCAUUUUCAACAAGGAUCAAGCUUGGGAUGACCACUGGAUAUUCUGGGUAGGACCAUUCAUCGGGGCAGCGCUCGCGGCACUGUACCACCAGGUCGUGAUCAGAGCCAUUCCCUUCAAAUCUAAGUAACAAUUUUUUACCAUUCAAAUGGAAGAGAUGGAGCGUGCGUGACAGUGAUGCUCUACUUGUGGCCGUUCAUCUUUCAUUUCCAUCAUAUCCCUUUUUCAAUCCCUUGCAUCUGUUUUCCUGCUCUCUAUCUUCUCUGUUUUUUAACAUAAAGAAAAAAAAAUGUAAUGUAAUUAUGUAUGUAUGUAUGUUUGUUUGUGUGAUUGUGAAUUUUAUAAAUCAUUUUUAGUUAAUCCGUGUCUGCUUUUAGUUAAUAAUAAUUAAAUGCACUUUUUAAUCAAA